AUGACGAGGCUCGACGCGCUGCGUGACCAAGUCGAGGGAGCUGAAAAAGCUAUCACCAACUGGGUAAAAGCGUCGCCCGAGGAGCGCAACUCGGCCACCUCGGAUAUCGCUCAGGGGUUUACAAAAGAGUUUGCCGAAGUCGCUUGGGAAAAAGAUUUGUAUAUGCUCUUGCACCAGGAAAAAGCCGAGACCUCUACGACGAAGGCCACGAAGAAGGAGCUCUUGGAGCACCCCGUGAUACGCCUCGUCGUGUUCCUUGGGUGGCGGGAGUUUGGUCUGCGCAUGUACUGCGAGCAGCUCUUCAUGCACUUGCUCUUGCUCUUGACGCUCACGGUGUCGCUCGGGAUCUCGCUGGGGACCGCGACAGGACCCAAAUUUGAGAAAGUCCUUAUGUUUUGGCUCGUCUGCACGCCAUUCCUUCUCUUGUCGCUGCUUGCGACGCGCUUCUUGACGUGGAAGAACAAGGUGCCGUGCGCUUGGCUGACGCUCGUGCUGUGGUACGGCGUCGUCGCGGGCGUCCUCAUUUACUACGACACGCUGCUUGAGCUUCUCGAGCCGCAGAAGCUUCCCAAAGCUAGCGACUUGAAGUGGUUUGGUCGCAUCAACAACAUUCUCCUCGGGCUCUCGGCGCUCUACUUUUGCAUCUUUGAGCUCCGUGAGCUCGAUGCCGACUCGAAGAAGCGCACAGGGUCCAUGCUCACGUCGAUCGUCAACUUGUUCAAGGGUAACAACCCGUCGCCGUACCUCGAGUCGUACUGGAAUCGCAUCCAGCUCCCAACCUUCUUCUUCGUCUUUGUCUACGUCGGCUGCGAGUUUACGGCGCCGUUCUCGGACAGUAUGCGUGUUUACGCUGGCAUUCCGGCCAUCUUGCUGCUCUGGAUCAUGUGUGUCCAGUACCUCGAAGUCUUCCCCGCCGUCGGGUACCUCCUCCCAAUGAUGCGGCGCAUGCUCGCCGACGUCGCUUGCUACUUGGUCUUUUAUUUUCCGAUCCAGUGCGCGUACUCGAGCGCGUACUACCUCCUCUUCAAGAGCCAGGGCGACCACCUCAAGCCGUACGAGCCCGAGCCAGCGUUCGCGUCGAACUUUACGAGUGCCAUCCACUACCUCUUCCCGAGUGCCAAUGUCUCCAACGACGCAAUGACGAUGGCGCUCCUCGAGAUUCUUAAGACCAAGGACAAGAACGAUGUCUUUCAAGGCUACGAAACCGUGCCCAAGAGCUUCCUCACCACGUACCUCGUCACGUUUGGCCAAAUCAAUUUGGAGCCGUUCGACCAGCUCGCGUCACCGUCGGCGUACGUGCUCGGCUACCUUCUCUUGGUCUCGCACGCGACGAUCGUGAUCGUCAUGCUCCUCAACGUCCUUAUCGCGAUGAUGAACAAGACGAUGGAGGCGCAUUUCGCCGAAGACAAGGCGCAAGCAUGCGUCACGUUCGCCGAGUGCGUGCUGCGCAUGAGAAAGGUCGAUACGUUGCCGGGUCAGACUAUCGACUGGGAGGGUCUGGGCUUCUGGAACCUGUGCAAACGCAUUAUGGACACUGACGAUUGCAACGUGACUCUCGCCAACAAAUCACUGCUCGAAGCGAUUAAGACGCUCACAGCCAAAGUCGACAAGCUCCAGACUCGUCAGUCAUAG